CCGCUUCUGAGCUGGCCCACCUAACUCUUGCCCCUCCCACUUUAUUUCCCUACUGCCACCACAACUCCACUCCCCGCCCACCUCACUCCCCUCUCUACCCACCUUACUCCCCUCUCUACCCAACUCACUCUACUCUCUGCCCACCUCACUCCCCUCUCUACCCACCUUACUCCCCUCUCUACCCAACUCACUCUACUCUCUGCCCACCUCACUCCCCUCUCUACCCACCUUACUCCCCUCUCUACCCAACUCACUCUACUCUCUGCCCACCUCACUCCCCUCUCUACCCACCUUACUCCCCUCUCUACCCAACUCACUCUACUCUCUACCCACCUCACUCCCCUCUCUACCCACCUUACUCCCCUCUCUACCCAACUCACUCCCCUCUCCAGCCCACCUCACUCCCCUCUCUACCCAACUUACUCCCUUCUCUACCCACCUCACUCUCCUCUCUACCUACCUCACUCCCCUCUCUACCCCACCUCACUCCCCUCUCCACCACACCUCACUUCUAUCUCACCACUCCUGAGUUCUAGAACUAGUUGAAAUGGCUCCAGGAGAGACCGGUGUGGACUCUCUUAUUCCCCUGGUGUUCCUGUCCAACACCAACACCCUUCAACCCUCGACAUGUUUAUAGUAUUAUUUCUGUUCCAUGCGUGCACCCUACUAAUGAAAUAUGUCUGACAAAAAUAUUUUUCUCUUUACACUAUUGUUAUUAUGUCACCACCAUAUUUAAGGGCGGAAAUUGCCUGACUGAUAUUGAAUUAUAUCUGUGUUCGCAGUUGACAUCUUAUUAUUCAAGAAUGUAGCACUCUGAUUCACUGUGUUUAUGGUGUUUUGCGCCACAAAGUGACUUUAUUAUUAACACACACGUGGUUACAUUAACAUGCAUGUUUGUUAUAAAUGUAAAUGCAAUUGUGGUGUAGCACAUAUGACAGAUCAUGCAAAACGUCCUCAGUGCAGUGAAGGACUGUGAGGCGGAGUCAUGAGAUGUGUACUGCAGCCACUCGCCCUCAGUCUCCAGCUAGCAGUAGACACUUCUCGUGUGUUCUUACCGGUCACCUGGUGUUAUCUACAAAGAACAAGAAAGCCAGCGCAUCUCAGUUACACACAUACACACACACACACACACACACAACUUGCACAUAAUCAUAUAAACCUGCUGACACCUUUGGGGUACGUUUCUUUUGCCUUGUUAAGUAGCCUAUACAAAUACAGGAAUUUAAAUCCUGUUUGAAUAAGUUUAUUGAUGUAAUGGGUGUGAGCCAGGAAUAGGCGCUUCUUCCUCGCGCUGCCGAUUUGGUCAGAUCCGUUAUCACAGUAAGGUAGAUAUGAAUGGCUAAUAAAACAUUUCAUUCAAAAGUAUUAUUAUCCUAAUAACAGGCCUUUUUACACUGCAUGCGUAAAUUCAACACCGCUGGCUAAGCUGCGUCGACAAACGUCACACGGUCACAUGACCGCGACAACGAAAACACGGACAUGCUGGGCGGCGCGCGCGGCACGAGAGGUACUUUCCCGUAGCAAACGUCACGAGCCAGCUGGCGCGCUCGCGACGUAGCGCUACGCUUCCCAGCGUGCUGGACUUAAGCCGCGUCAUUGCUUGCCGCCCCCGCCCCCGUACGUAGCUACACAUGCACUGAUUAUUCCUCAGACUGUGCAGAAGCCCAGGAACAGCCGGCGAUCAUGGCCGACACGGAGGAGCCGAGUCUCGGCGAGGAUCCGGCGACGCGCGGAGCCUCCAAGCCGGACUCCGAGCGCACUCCGCGGCCGCCGCAGACGGCCCAGCCCGCUGUCGGUGUGGUUAGCCACCUGCUCAGCCAGCAGUCCUCGCUGAAGUUCGACAAGAAUAUCAAACAGGCCUUUUACAACACGGGGGCUAUGAUCUUCGUGGCGAUAUGCUGCGGGGCGGCGGUGCUGGUCUACUUCAUCCUGGAGGCCUUUCUGCGGCCGCUGCUGUGGGCGGUGUUGUGCGGAACUUUCUUGCACCCGUUUAAGCACUCUCUAGCCCGGCUGGGUCGCUCUUGGCUAGCGGGUCUUCAGGACAGCGGCACGCCGAUCGUGGUGGGGACGAUGCUGGUGCCGGUGUGGUGUGUAAACUACGGGGUGGAGACGCUGGGCGGGCUCGUGAUGGAGCGGCUCCGCGUGCUGCUGCUGAUCGGUGCCGGGGCGCCGACGCUCUACUUCCUCUACUUGUUCUGGAGCGUGAUUGGCAUGCAGGUGGUGCUCGGUCAUCUCUGCGCUAUCAUAUGCUGUGCCCUCGAUUACUUCAACGCCUUCUGGGUUGGUACGUUGGUGGUCGGCUACGUGCUGGCUGUUGCACUGAAGUGGACCCCUGGCAUGGAGGGCUAUCUGCGGGCCAUGUCUGUGCCAGUUUGGACCACCCUCAUAUUCUACCUGGUGUCUCUGACGGGGGCUUGGCGAGUGCCGGUGUUUGUAGUGGUGGUUGCUCUGCUGAUAGUGGGCUCCCAGGAGAAAGCACCCGUACCAGGGAAGGGUGAGCUGACGGGGCAGGUCCUUUCCUUUGCGGCUAACACUAUCUACAUGGCCAUUUCCUGCAGUAACUUUCGCACUGCUGCUGCAGGAGAAGACAGUAGUAGCCCAGCACCAUCGGAAGGCCCGAGUGGGGGUGGUCCAUCCAGAAGGGUUAGUGGCAUUUUCAGUGCUCCCCGUCGGCCUCGGCCGGAGCUCCAGGGGCUCCGGCACAAAGAGAAGGCCAGCGACAUCUACUUUGUGCUGCUGGUGUGGGCCAUAGUGCUUGUCCAGAUCUGGCUCAACCUUUGGAUCCUGCAGCUACUACCAAUCCCUUUUGCUGUGUGGGUAAUUAAGAAGCUGGUGGUGCAUUUUGGGGUGAAAGAUUUCGCAGCAAGGACCCUGACAGCUUGGUGGGAGGUUCUAGAGAAGUUUGUCCGAGACAGACAGGAUGCUUUGCUGCCUGGUCCAAUCAAAGGGCUCGCAAAAUUUUUACUUCGGGUCGAUACCAAGCUCUGGCAUUGGCUUAACAAGCAGAUGAUCGUGUGGUUGGAGAGAUCUCUGGAUAAGCUAAUCAGCAUCUUCAUCAUUUUCCUGCUGGUCACAGGAACCCUGCUGAUGGCUCUCCUGCUCACCGCGAUGGUGCACCAUGAAAGUGCCCAUAUCAUAGAGGUCACUAGCAACCUGAUCAACGAGACCCUAGCCAACCACCCUGAGUGGGCCAAUGUCCGUGUGUGUUGUAGUUGGCUUCCCGAGGCUCGUGUGGUUCAACGGGCUCUAAACUCUGCUGCCACAAAUGUUUACCAGCAUGGGAGAGAAUGGAUAACUCAAAAGCUUCAUAAGAUGCUUGGUGAUAAGGUGAACAACACAGCCGUGAUAGAGAAGCAGGUUCUGGAGCUGUGGGACAGGCUUUACCACUCUUGGUUUAUUAAGAACGUGUCAUACAGUGGGCGUCACCGUGGACAGAAGCUCCACCUCCAGAGACAGCAUGGCUGGUUGGGUGACAUCCUGGAGUGGCAAGACAUUGCCUCCUUCCUGCAGGAGAACAUAGAAACAUUGCUCUCCAUUGUGGAGUCUCUCUGGGUGGUGAUGAGUCGGAACGUUGGCUUGCUCAUCUCCACGACAACCACUUUGCUCACAGUGCUCUUCCACAGUGGUACUGCCCUGCUCAACUUUGCCCUGUCACUGGUGAUUUUCCUGACCACCCUGUUCUACUUGUUGAGCUCCAGUGGUGAGUACUAUAAGCCUGUGAAGUGGGUGAUCAGUCUGACCCCCCUAUCCCAGCCUGGACCCUCCUCCCAUAUCAUCGGUCAGUCUGUGGAAGAGGCCAUCAGGGGUGUGUUUGAUGCGUCCCUUAAGAUGGCAGGCUUUUAUGGCCUCUACACCUGGCUCACACAUACUAUCUUUGGCAUCAACAUCGUCUUCAUCCCCUCAGCCAUGGCAGCUAUCCUGGGCGCGGUGCCAUUCUUGGGGACGUACUGGGCUGCGCUGCCUGCUGUUCUGGACCUGUGGCUGGCGCAGGGAGAGGGAGCCAAAGCCCUGCUGCUCCUGCUCGGUCAUCUGCUGCCUACGUACUUCGUCGACACCGCCAUCUACUCGGAUAUAUCCGGGGGGGGUCACCCCUAUCUGACCGGCCUGGCGGUGGCGGGUGGAGCGUACUACCUGGGCCUGGAGGGGGCCAUCAUAGGCCCCAUCCUCCUCUGCAUCCUGGUGGUAGCAUCCAACAUCUACAGUGCCAUGUUAAUGAGUCCCAGCAGCAGCCAGCCAACACCUGUACAGAGCAGCUUCCCCCAACACCUGGGCAGGCCCUUUCUGGAGUCCCCUGUACUGCUGAAGAGAGGAGGGGAGUGAAGUGAAAGACUUGUGCUGUGAUCCACCUGCUCUGCUGCCCCUUCGUCCUGCCUCCUCACGCGGGCCUGCGCGUGGGGUCUCCCUGGUAGCUUGGCAGGGGCAAAGACUCCGCCUCUGCCGUCCCAGCCGCAGGACUGUUUGGCUCCAGAUUCAGAACUUAACUUAAACUGCCGCGGUACUCUCACAACAACGAGCUGCCAUGGCUGCCGAUAAAGUGGCACUACCAUUCCGUGAGGGCAUAUUUGCUUAUGAGCUGUGCCGCGUUCACUAAAGUCAGCGCGCUAUAAGCGUGUUAUUAUUUACAGAGCUAACACACGAGAGCAAAGUUCCGUCAGCACUGGCGUGGACAACAGGAAAGUUUAACACUCCGACGCUAAGGUAACUAACCUAGCACGCUACAGCUGGCUUGCAGGUUUGGGUUUACACAAAUAACUAACACGGCAGUGUUGAGAUCAGAGUACGUUUUUGCUAUUUAGUUGUGUGGCGGUUGUUUUUUGUUCGUUAGCUGAAUUAGUGUUCACAGAGUAUAGCUUAAUAACUUAAUGAUUGACUGAUAUGCCAUGAACAACAUUGUGGGCGCGUACUCAUCCAUUAAUUAUACUUAUACGUUUUGCUACUUAGAAGUUAAACGUUCAUUUGUUCACCAUGUUUGGUACAUGUUUGGAAAUCCUGUGGUUUUAAUCCAUAUUGAGGAUUUUUUUUUUUUUUUUUUUU